CGUCGGGUCCCAGAUUUAUUUAUUUAUUUAUUGCCCGUCGAAACGAAGGUGGUUGGAACGAGGGCGAUGGGGUUUCCCUCGUGAACUUUCCUACCAGCCCGGCGCUAGACGAGGACCAGAAGAAGGGAGGAAAAAGAAGAAUCCCGCCCCAGAGGAUGCUAACUGAAACCAAGAUGUUAUAUGAAAUUCAGAUGUGGUGCUGUCAAUGGAAAAGGAAGUCACAUUUAUUUUUUCUGUUCAUACUCAGUCUUCUGUGCAUACAGAUUUCAGCUCAAGAUUGCUCAGAGUGUCGUAUGGUGCUGUCCAAUCCCACGGGAAUUUUUACCUCUCCUUGCUUCCCCAAUAAUUAUCCCAACAAUCAAGCAUGCAAGUGGACCAUCAGGGCUCCUUCUGGAUACAUCAUUCAGAUAACAUUUGUUGAUUUUGAUAUUGAAGAAGCUUCUGGUUGCACAUAUGAUCACAUAAAUUUGGACACUGGAGACAAGAAAGAUUCCUAUUGUGGGAUGACUGCCAAAGGUUUAUCAUUUAACUCAUCUAGGAAUGAAAUGAUUGUAACUUUUACAAGUGACUUUAGCAUUCAAAAAAAAGGCUUCAAUGCUACUUAUACCCGAAUUGCUGUAUCGUUGAAGAAUCAAAAGGUUAUCAUUCCACAAUAUCUAGAUUCUGAUUCUGUGUCUCUGGCAAAUUCUGUCCAAGUCCCAGAUCUUAAUCAGUUCACCCUGUGCUUUGAAGCAAGAACAAACAAUAAAAGUAAUAACUAUGAAUGGAAGGCUUUCUCCUAUGGUGAUUCCUCUGUGGAAUUCUUCAGCUUUGGCAAAACAACACAAGGGCACUUCAUUUUUAUCUCAGACUCAAAGUGUUUUUUAAAUGAUGCUCUUAACAUUGGUACAGAUGAGGACAUUUUCACAGAAACAUUUGAAGAGCUUUGCAUUGUAUGGGAUAGCUCAUCAGGCAUAGUAGGUAUAAAUGUCAAAGGGAUGUAUAAAACAGUCCAUUGUUUAGAUACUUAUGAAAAAGUGAUUCCUGGUAAUGGAAAAUUGGUUCUGAGUUCUGACAGAGAAGACACAAGGCCUUUACCUGGAGAUAUGUACAACUUCCGGCUUUGGAAUUUUACAAUGAAUUCCCAAUCACUUUUCAACCUCACCUGUGAUGAGAAAGGUAACAUUAUUGACUGGGAAAAUGAUUUCUGGAGUAUUCCAACAACAUUUCUAAAAGCAGAGAACAACUUGAGUUGUGGCUCAUAUCUCGUUCCCUUGCCGACAGUUGAACCAACUAGCUGUACCACUACAGGAAGCCUUUGCCGAGCUACUGUAAGUUCAACCACUCCAUCACCCACUGUUACCACUAACAUGCCUGAUACUAACAGAACCGAUAAAAUAAUGGAUGGUAGAUUAUACUACAGAAUUGACUUUACUGUCUACAAAAUCAAAGAAGAUGCAGAGCCAAACAUUCAGAAUGUAAUUAGAGAAUGGUUAAUCCAGACCAUGGGGAGCUGGAAUUAUAACGUAUGUGUGGUUCAUGUAAGUGUUGAACCGAGUUCAACAAAAAAUGCAGCAAGAGGAAAGAGAAGCAUUGAUCAAAGUUUUGAAGUCCGUGCUCUUUUAGCUUACAAUUCUACCAACAAUGUAAGUUUAGAAGAACAAAUGAUUAGAAAGAAACUCGAAAACAGUAAUAUCACAGAAAACUUGGAACUCCGUAACGUGCAUGUUCAUUCAAUUGAAAAAUGUGAGGCUCAGGAACAGCCUAUGAAUUACUUUUGGAAAGAAACUGGACCAAGAAACACUGCCACCAUUAGCUGCUACGACAACCCUACCCAGAUUGCAUCACGAACAUGCUUUCUAAGCAUGAAUAAUUACACAUCUUAUUGGGAUACUCCUGAUCUUAGAAACUGUACAGAAAAUGCUGCUGACAUAGCCAACCAGCUACUGAAUCUUACAGGAGAAGGGCAGCAGUUGACUUCAGACAAAGUUAAUGAUGUGGUCCAGAAAUUAAAAAAAAUUGUGAAUGAUGAAGAAAUCAAUGAAUCCUUGGGUUCUACUGUGAUCACGAUAUUUUCUAAUAUUUUAACUAGUUCUGAUAAUGUAUUGGCUGCAUCAUCUUCUGAAGCUAUAAAGACAAUUGAUGCCUUGGCAUUGAAGAUUCGGUUUAUAGGUCCCUCCAUGAGCAUUUCAACCCGAAACUUAGCGCUUGGAGUUUCAUCUUUGAAUUCAUCUUUAUUCAAUGGCUCUUCCUUCAGUGUCGGUCCCCAGAACAAUGCUUCUGAUUUUCAGAUUGAUUUUGAUAAAAACCAAGACAAUUCUCUUGCUACUAUUUAUUUGCCUCCAAGUUUGCUAAAUAAUUUAAAUCAAGAAGAUCUUGAAACAAUAUCCAGGGCUCAAUUCACUUUUUUCAAUAAAAAUGGACUCUUUCAGGAUACAGAAGCUCCUUCCAAUUUAACAAGUUACGUGGUAGCCUGCAGUGUGGGAAAUACUACUAUCCGUGAUCUCAAGGAGUCUGUGAAAAUUACAAUCAAGCAUACAUUCAAACAUGAUAACAUCCAGAAGGCUCCUAAUGCUACUUGUGUUUUUUGGGACAUGAACAAGAACAUUGAUAUACAACAUACCCUCAUGACUUCAGGAACAACAGGAAGGAAACAAAAGGAUUUGCCAAGAACAGCUUCACAAAUAGAUUCUGGAAAUACCAGAGUCCUCACUUUCAUAACAUAUAUCGGUUGUGGAAUAUCAGCCAUAUUUUCUGCUGCAACCCUUCUGACAUAUAUUGCUUUUGAAAAACUGCGAAGAGAUUAUCCGUCCAAAAUCCUAAUGAAUUUGAGCACAGCUUUGCUGGGCCUGAAUCUGGUCUUUCUCCUGGAUAGUUGGAUUGCAUCAUUUGACAUAGAAGGCCUCUGCAUAGCUAUUGCUGCUCUCCUGCACUACUUUCUUCUGGCAACUUUCACCUGGAUGGGCCUUGAAGCUGUUCAUAUGUAUAUAGCUCUAGUAAAAGUGUUCAAUACGUACAUUCGUCAAUACAUAUUAAAAUUUUGUGUGAUUGGUUGGGGUUUACCAGCAUUGGUAGUAAUUAUUAUUUUAUCAAGCACCCAUGCAAAUACAAAUAAUAUUUACAACAACAUUUUAAAUGACAAAAAUAAUAAGGAACAAGAUGGAGAUGAUUUCUGCUGGAUUAAAAGCACCGUUGUGUUUUACGUGACUUGUGUUGGCUACUUUGGAAUCAUGUUCCUCAUGAACAUUGCCAUGUUUGUUGUGGUGAUGAUGCAAAUCUGUGGACGAAAUGGGAAACGGACCAAUAGGACUAUGCGGGAAGAGAUCCUGAGGAACCUGCGUAGUGUUAUUAGCCUGACUUUCCUCCUAGGCAUGACAUGGGGUUUUGCUUUUUUUGCCUGGGGGCCACUAUAUCUCCCUUUUGUGUAUCUCUUCUGUAUUUCCAACUCACUGCAAGGUUUAUUUAUAUUUAUAUUCCACUGUGCAAUGAAAGAAAAUGUACAAAAGCAAUGGAGAAGGCAUCUUUGUUGUGGACGAUUCAGGCUGGCAGAUAACUCAGACUGGAGUAAAACAGCAACUAAUAUAAUAAAGAAAAGUUCAGACAAUCUGGGAAAAUCCUUAUCUUCCAGUUCUAUUGGUUCUAAUUCAACAUACCUGACUUCAAAAUCCAAAUCCACAUCAAACACCUACCAUAAAAGGAACAGCCAUUCUGACAAUGUUUUUCUUGACAAGCCUUCAACAAAAUACAUCCAAGUGGACAUGGAACAGACGUCAAUCAUCCCAGUUCACCAAGUCAUUGACAAAGUGAAAGGUUACUACAAUACUCAAUCAGACAAUUUCUAUAGAAAUGUGAUCAUGUCAGACUCCCUGAGCCACAGUACAAAAUUCUGAAUAUCUGGGUAUCUGGAAGAAGACAAGUCAACAAGCAGAAUAAAGAUUAUUAAGUGUUGAACGUGUGACUGGCAAAAGAUAUAAACUUUACCAAAGUGUUGUGCUUUAUCCAGUUAUAUAAGCUUUUCAGCUACCUAUACUUGGAGAAACAGAACAUCUAAUCAAUUCUCUCCACUCUCUUAUCAACAGUUCUCAAGCAUCUAACAGUGACAUGUUUAUUAAUCCCAUCUAUAAUCUUGCAAAGUUAAGAAUCUUGAAAAAGCCCAAAACUAAAGCUUGUAGCUUUCGAAGACAUUUUCAAAGCAUGCUGUUAAGAUGUUGCAUCAACCCACAUUUUCUUCUGUGAUAUAUAUGUAUGUCUGUGUGCAUAUGUAGCCUUACACAGGGAGGGCUAUCCAAUUGUGCAUGUCAAUAGGUAUAAAUGUAUUCCCUUGGAUCAUGUAAUCAAAUCUACUCUGAAAAGAGGGAUAAUAGCAUAUUCUGCUUGCAGCAUCAGCAGAGGUCUGUUUGCAUAAUGCUAGAGAGGUCAUUUGAGAUUUUAUAGAUGUUUUUUUCUCCACAGACAAGGCAAAGAAAAAUUAUUUUUAGUGAAUUUAUACUUUUUUGUGCCUGAUUACAGAAAUCAAAAGUGUUUCAAAGAUUAUCUUUCUCUCGAUCUUAACUCUUGCUUGCAAACUCUGGGCCAUAUUUAUUAUUUUAUUAUUUUUUAAUGGUAGAAGCAUUGAAGUGUGCUUCUGUGAUUAUGGGAAAACUUAAUGAAGUGUUUUAUAUAACUUGAAAGCUUGCCUAGUUAUAGAUCAAAAGAAACUGAGCGGUUAAACUGAGCACAGUUGCUAUGCAUCUUCAUCAUGAUCAAAGAAUAGAAAUUCUGAAUCAGUCCAAUAUUAUAUAUGAACUUCCAUCAGUUUUUCCUAAUUUGCUUUAUUUUCACAUCCUUAUAUAUGUGGAAUUCCAGGAUGGAACAUGGUUUUCCAUUGAUUUAUGCCUUAAGAGCAAUGUUUAUUAACCUGUACAAAUCAAGUUACUGCCUUACACCUUUUCACCCAGAUAGACCUUUUCCAAGAUAUGUAUUGACACAUACCUAACAAGAAAUCUUUAUCAUUUCAGAUAUACACAGCUGCUGAAACAAUUGAGAUUUUCACACGUAAGCAUAGCGGUCAUGCCAUCUAUUCUUCCCUUCAUAUAGUAUUUUGAAUUACAGAUUGUAUUAUUAUAUACUCUGUAGCAAAUAUACUUAGAUUUACUAAAGUCAGUAUGCCUCAUCUUUAAAGGAGAAGGUUGUUAUAUUCAUUGUUUACAACCGUAACACAAAUUUUCUUUGGGUGAAAUUAGCUAAAAUAAAUACUCCAAAUAUAUAUAUUUGCACACAAACAUACACACACACAUGCUAAAUAUAAAACAAUCUGUCACUUGCUCAAUUCUUUAGUAACUCUGUGUGCCAUUUUAUUUAAUCUCCCAAUAAUAUAUAGAAUAAUCUCCAGUACGUCUUCUUAGAAAUAAUUCCAACUGAAUACAAGGAGGCUUAUUUUAAGGAAAAUUUGUACAGAAUUGCAAAUUUGACCAGUGACUGACAGGUGGUCAUAGGAUUUCUCCCUCUUUCUAUGGCAAUAAUCUCUGCAAGCUUAUUUUCAAAGUAAGUUUCAACUCCAUCUGUUAUUAUAGGUGUUUAACAACUACAAUUUAUUAAUUUGCACCAUCAGAAUGGUCAAGUUGCCCUGUUACACUAAAGUUGUUUGAACUUCAAACUAUUUAAUUUGUUUUAUAAUCCCUAAAAGGUAUUAUUUAUUGCAGGUUAAGGAUUUAUUUUAAUAUGAGUGAAUGAUUCCUCAUGACAUCAAAUUAUACCAGAGUCUGAUGGGAUCAAACAGAGUCUGAUGGGAUUACUAAAGAGAAUGUUUUGUUUAUAUGUGCCUUCUAAAAAAAUUAGUUUAUAUCUCUCAAUAAAUUUCAGAAAGUCACUUAUGUAACAUUUAUUCUGGAUAAAAUAUUCAAAAUAAGAAGGGAAACUCUAUUUCUGUAUAUGGUAAUUGGAAGUAAAUAAUAUUAAAAUGGUAAAUAAGGCUUUACUUUCAUUAGGAAAAUUGUAAUACUUUAGUUUCCCCUUAAGAUGGUUUUAUCUGACCAGAUUAAUGUGAAAUGUGUCUAUAUUUUAGCCAAAUAAGAAUAUUCUUUGCAUUUACUACCAUGUAGUAAUCCUUUAAAAUUUAUUUCAGAUAAAUAGUUUUUCUAGUGUUCUUCUUUCAUCAUAUCACCUUUCUUGUAUAAAUCUUUGGUUUUCUUAUCAGCAAAGCUUAACUUUCUUUGUAUAUAUUUAUUUAUUUCUGAGGUUCAAAAUAUGUCAGCAUAUUUCAACUGCACACUAGCUGUCUUUGUAUACAAACUUUAAGUGAUAAGGAGAAAAAUAGGUGUGUGUGUGUGAAUAUGUCUGCAUGUUGGAUUUGCUACGUGUACAAUUUAUUGGAUAAGCUUUUGUUUAUCACGGAAAUACUGAUAUAAUUUCAAACAUUAGUUUUUAGGGACUAGUGUACAAUUUAUAGAAACAUUGUAACAUC